AUGCUACUCCCAGAGAGAAAUGACAGCGAGGCCACCUUCACCCUCCUGGGUUUCUCGGAUUAUCCAGAACUUCAAAUCCCACUCUUCUUGAUUUUUCUGGCCAUUUACAGUGUCACGGUGGUAGGGAAUAUUGGAAUGAUUGUCCUUAUCAGAAUUAACCCCAAGCUGCACACCCCCAUGUACUUUUUCCUCAGCCACCUCUCCUUCGUGGAUUUCUGCUAUUCUUCCACCGUGGCUCCCAAGAUGCUGGUGAAUUUAGUUGCCCAAGACAGAAGCAUUUCAUUUGUAGGAUGUACGAUACAGUUCUUUUUCUUCUGCACAUUUGUGGUGACUGAGUCUUUCGUGUUAGCAGUGAUGGCCUAUGAUCGCUUUGUGGCCAUCUGUAAUCCUCUGCUCUAUACGGUUGCCAUGUCACAGAAGCUCUGCACUAUGCUAGUGCUGGGGUCAUAUGCGUGGGGUGUCACUUGCUCGUUGAUAUUGACAUGUUCUGCUUUGAAGUUAUGUUUCUACGGCUUCAACACCAUUAAUCACUUUUUUUGCGAGUUCUCUUCACUGCUCUCGCUUUCUUGCUCUAAUACGUCUCUCAACUAUUUGCUGCUUUUCAUUUUUGCCACUUUCAAUGAAGUCAGCACACUGUUCAUCAUUCUCCUGUCUUACAUGUUUAUCCUUGUCACCAUCCUCAAGAUGCGUUCAGCCAGCGGGCGUCGCAAAGCCUUCUCCACCUGCGCUUCGCACCUGACUGCCAUCACCAUCUUCCACGGCACUAUCUUGUUCCUGUACUGUGUGCCCAACUCCAAAAACUCCAGACACACUGUCAAAGUGGCCUCUGUGUUUUACACGGUGGUGAUCCCCAUGCUGAACCCCCUGAUCUACAGCCUUAGAAACAAGGACGUCAAGAACACAGUCAGCAAAAUAGUAGAUGCUAAAAUCUUUUCUUCUUAA